AAUAAUAUUUACAAUUUUCGAAACCUAAUGAGAAGUUUAAGUAGAUGCUUUUUUUAAACAAAGAUCUUACAAAGCAUAGUUUAUCUACAGACUAUGUACUUAUAGACUUUUAAAAACUUUUUAUUAAAGUUAGGUUUGAAAGUUUAAAUAUCUUGAAAAUGAAGUGGUUUAUCGUUUUGUUUAUAAUACCAGCGCAAGCGCAGCUCUUCGAAGCACCACAAAACAUUACGAGCUCACCGUGCACCGACAAGAACCACAUGUUUUUCGCACCGGGAGUUCUGACAGCGGGCGGAAACAACAGAGCUUGCAUCUCCAGAUUUCAUAUAGACGGACCCGCGCGCUUUGUACUCAAACUCUUCACUGACGAUGGAGCUAACGUAUCUGCGACCCGGGAAUUAGCACCAGGUGACGGAGGCUGCCUCGACAUAGCGGUACCUCUCAGACCUAAUACCAAAGCUGAAUUGAAUGUAAACAUAAGGUAUCCAGAAGAAAAUUGUGCGUGGGACCGACGCAUCACAGUCCGGAUAGCCAGCGGCCGAGUGUUGGUAGUCCAUACGGAACGUGGAAGGUACCGGCCGGGGGACACGGUUCGAUUCCGCGCCGUGGCCCUCAAAGCCGAUCUCACUCCUGCGCAUGCCAUUAUUGACGAGGUAUGGCUGGAAGGGCCACGAGGCGCCUGGGACGGCGUCAAGACCGCACAGUGGCAGGGCGUGAGGACCAGACUGGGAUUGGCGCAGAUUCAACACCAGCUGGAUGAGCUGGCACCGCCUGGGAAGUGGACGGUUAGGGCUAGACUGGCAGAUGGCUCACAAGGAGCUACAUCCUUCUUCGUUGGUAACUACGAGCUGCCUCCAUUCCAGCUGACAGUACGUCAUGCGCCAAUCGUACUGAGGACCAGCGAGAGACUCGUAUGGACUGUGUGUGUCAGGUAUCCCUGGUCAGAAGCGGUAGAAGGCAUGCUGGUAAUACGCCUUCGAGGCGCCGGUGGUACCAACCAAGGCCAAGGUGGUAUUCGGACUGCGGUCCGUUUAAAGGCACCAAGGGCCUGCCAUAGACACGCGGCUGCGACCAAACGUAUAGGGCUGGAUGGGACCAGUCCGCCAGAUGUCAUCGUUGCUGACUUCUCUUUUCAGGAGGAAGGAACCCACCUGUGGCAGAACACAACAGUGGUGUCUCAAGUGGUGGACGACCCGGUGAAGAUAGAGUUCCUCACCAAGCAUCGGGCUGUCAUAUCACCCGGGCUACCUUACAAAAUAAAGGUCAAAGCAUCUCGGUGGGACGAUAAACCGGCGGUCAAUGAAAGAGUUACCGUGUGCCGAUCACCAGCCAUGACUCCGGAAGAAACAGCCUUCGACGCUACAAAGGCUUCUUGCAUGGACUCCGUCACCGACGCCAAGGGAAUUGGCAGGGUCAUGUUCACCGCCGAUGAUGGGAAACCUUACUACCAAUUUCAAGCGCGCCUGUACAACGCAACAGCUCACCUGGUGACCCGAUGUUCCGGAACGCAAGGCCGCGCCGCGCUGGGUGCGUUGCGCACUGACGAGCGGGCACGGGCCCUGCUGCCACUAUAUCUGAACUUGGGCCACAUCACCACACCCAUCACCGUGCACUUCGUGGUUAUCACCCGAGGUGGCAUCAUCUACCGCUGGGGGGCCACCACUCAAUGCCCCAUCACCAGCGUCACAGAUCAAAUCAAAACCACCGACCGGAACAGCAUAUGUUCCAAUCGAAAUUUUGGCAAAAUCGAACUACCCGCGAAGAUCUUGGAAGGCGGGAAUUCCUCAGAGCUAGAUUCGCUUUUGGACAGGCAUUUGUCCAAAGUAAUGUUGCCGAUCAAAGUGAGCAGCCAGAUGUGUCCGGACAGCCAUCUGAUAGCGUAUUUCUACCAUAACAACGAGCUGAUCACUGCGAGUAAACAUUUUGAGAUGGAAGAAUGCUUCGCCAACAAGGUGGAAGCUGCAUGGACAGCCCGGCAAACACUUCCCGGCACAGUGGCCACCAUACAACUCUCUACACCCGGCCCUGCACUGUGCGCACUUACCGUGUUAGACACGGCAUCAAAAUGGAUCCAGCCUCCCGAAAGUGUCAGAAACCUGAUGAUGAGUGGACUCCGGAGCCUGAUAGAUGGGCACCGGAACUUGACUGAGCAUGACGCGGCCGGGGAAUGUUUCUUGACAUCAGACAAUCCUGACCUACCCUCGUCGAGCAUAGAGCUGAUGAGCACCUGGCUUGCAUCAGCAGGAGUUCGGAUCCUGGGAGGAGGGAGUCCACACGCUUCCUGCAAUGCCGCUCCCGCUCGAUUGAUGGCUGAUGACAGCAGUCCACCAAGGAGUGACUUCUCAGAGUCAUGGCUGUGGCGGUUGGCAGCCGUGGGUGCCAAUGGCUCAGUGGCGGUCUCCGCACGCGCACCUGACUCUAUCAGCAGGUUCGAGGCCUCGGCGUUCUGCCUCUCUAAAACCGGCGUUGCAGUGUCCCAGCCCGCUGUUUUGCAGGUAUUCCGCGAGUUCUUCAUCCAUGCGGAUAACCCGAAGCGUUUGAGGAGAGGUGACACAGCUAUUGUGCCUUAUCGAAUCUUCAAUUAUCUUUAUCAAGUGAUUAGCAUUAAAAUACAAACAUCAAUGGACAGUCACUUAAGCGGCCCAACGAAUGUUGAAACUAUCUGCAUCCAACCAAGAUCGUCCGUCGCAAGACGAUUGGAAGUGACUGCUAAACAAAAUGGCGGUGCAAGGCUACGGAUCAAGGCUUCUACAGCAAGAGAUCAGCGAUGUACCAACCACACUUUUGGGAAGGGUGUCAGCGACGAAGUGGUUCUCCGCAUCGACGUAGACCCUGAAGGCGUGCCCACACAGGAACACAAGUCUGCGAUGAUAUGUGCCCAAGAUAGUUUAAGGAUGAAAAAUGAGACAGUGCUGUGGAAAUGGUCUCAAGUAAAUGUGGUGCCGGGAACUGAAUCACUGACCGUUUGGGUCGCUGGGAAUACCAUCGCACCUUUAUUAGCUGAUGCCGACGCACUAGUUCAGCUUCCAAGAGGCUGUGGUGAACAGAACAUGGCUCGUCUAGCAACCAAUCUCUUAGCUCUGACCUUCCUAGAGCCAACAUCUACAGCAGCUAUUAUUGCAAAGGACCAUGUUGCUAGAGGGUUUACCCGACAACUUCAAUAUGUCCAUCCUACCGGCGGGUUCAGCGCGUUCGGAGUGGCUGACCCGUCCUCUUCCACGUGGCUGACAGCUUUCUGUGUACGCUACUUGCGGAAGGCUUACCGGACCAUAUCUGGCGACGCCCCGUACCCCCCGGCGAUACAUCGUGCAGAGCAAUGGCUGAGGGCCCAGCAAAUGGAAAAUGGCUGCUUCAGGAAUCAGGGCCAUGUGUUUCAUCAUGAACUAAAGGGAGGACUCAACGAAGACGGCGAAAUAUCGAGCGUAGCGCUAACAGCAUACGUCAUAACAUCCCUCCUAGAAACCUCACCCCUGCCUUCAAAACUUGUUAAAAACACGCUCUCUUGCCUGCGAGCUUUACCACCCUCAAAGUCCAAAUCCAAAACCAACCCUUUAAGAGUGUACGCCCACUCCAUUAUCUCAUAUGCCCUCAUGAGGUUGCGGAGGUAUGAGGUUGAGCUGAGCCGUGACCAUGGGGCGCUCCUGCGGGACGGGAGUGGCGCGGGGCUGCAACAGGAUGAGGAGUUGAAGGGACUGGUGGAACUACUCAGGAUGGCCAGGAGAACUGGGGAUUACGUUUGGUGGGAAACUGGUAACUUGGCCACAUCAGUAGAAGCGACGGGCUACGCUCUACUAGCGCUGGCAGAGUGCCCGCUAGCCCUGCGGGAAAACUGCGCGGCCGACGUGGUGGGCGCCGCUCGGUGGCUGUCGAUGCACAGGAAUGCGGCUGGCGGGUUUAUUUCCACACAGGACACUUUAGUUGCCCUCGAGGGGCUAUCACGUUGGACCGCCCUCCUACCACCGGUCAGCAAUGUGACGGUCACCAUCCAAAGCGGGCCUCACCGGAAGCAGCUUCACCUCAGCACAGCUGUCAAACUUCCGGAACUCGCGAAGCUUCCUGUGACGGAUCAACUGGAAAUCACUGUUGAUGGAAUUGGAUGUGCACUGGUCCAAGCCACUCGCUCCUACAACACCCUGACAUCGGACACGGCACCACCCGACACCCUCUCAGUCCAAGUGGACGUACAGACCGACGGGCCCUUCAACUGUGACAACAACACCGUGUGCUUCUGCGCAGCUACUGUUGAGGUGUGCGUAUUAUGGGUGGGGCCGUUCCCCGAAAUGGCACUACUGGAGGUAGGCCUUCCAGGAGGCUUCGGGGCUGACGCCGCAGCACUAUACUCCCAUCUGCAACGAAAUGACACUUUACUCCGCCGCAUAGAACUGUCCCCUAGCAGCGGUAAGGCGACGUUAUAUCUCGGCUCCCGUGACGGGAGUGACACAAUGUCCCGAGCUGGCCACCAGUGCUACAAGGUGCACGCAGUUGGCCCCAAGGCAAGAACCAAACCUGCGCACGCCAAAGUGCUGGACUAUUACCGACCACAUAUUAAGGAUACCCAGAUGUACACCAUACCUGAAGACUGCCCUUCACGGAUAACUCAUGAUACCAGUAACUACCUUAAAUCAGACAAUCUUUUCAACAAAGCUAAAUCCUUGACCGAUAGCGAUGAAAUACUUAUAUCCGACGAAUUCUCCUUGGAAGAUAUACCUGAAGGUAUCCCGCUUGAGGACCCAUUAUACGAUAAUUUGACUAAACGAAAUAAAAAUGAGGGAACAGGUAAACAUUCACACAUUGAACCAUCAAAACAAAAUUAUGACAUUAGUACAGAAACAAAUAAUAAAGUUAAUACAAUUAUACAAAAUCAUACAAGACGAGACGAAAAUGAAAUUCCUAAAUAUAAUGAAUAUUUAACAAACCUUAGUAACAUUGUUUCGAACCAUGAAAACUAUAACAGAUUCAGUGGAUUAAACAUAAAUACAAAUGAAGAGAGUGAAAUCCCAGAAGAAAAUGAAUAUGUAACGGAUAUCAACAGACCACAUGAAGUUUAUUCGAAUAAAGAUAUAAAUAUACAUGAUGUAGCACGAUUAAAUGAAAGUGCAAAAGAUGAUAAUGAAAUUCCAAAAGAAAAUGGGUAUAUGGACGUAAUAAAUUUCUCUGUAGAUAAAAAUAGCAAUAGUUUAAUAGAUAACAAAAAUAAUGAACAUAGUAAAAGCGGUGAUAUAAAAGAAUUAGAAAACCUAGUUACCAAAGAAAUAAACAAAACAAUACACAUACAAGAUGUAUCAAAGGUAUCUAAUGAAGUUAUACGCGAUACUACACAAAUUCAAGGCUACAACCAAAAUGGUGCUCAAGAAGAAUUUAAAGUGCACAAUACUGAGGAAAAGCUGGCAGUCGACAAUCCUUCGUUAACGAGUUUCCAUGUUAUAGAUUCAGAGAAAGAUCUAGAUGUACCAACGGGUAUAGAAGGACCGAUUCCUGCUAUAGUUUUGCCGCCAAAGAAUUUUGUCGCCCCAUCGGAUAUAGUUCUGCCAAUGAACUCUCAAUCGGUGUGGAGAAGAUUUCCAGAAGUUCCCUACAACCCGUAUUACUACCAACCGUUUUAUUAUAAGCAAAACUAUUAUAUUAAUUACAAGCCAGUGUUGCCACCUUUUCAAUAACUAUAUAUGUUUAAAAAUUUGAUGAAUGUAAUGUAUGAACUUUUAAUUUAAACGCUCAAUAUAUUGCUGAUGCAUUUAUAACAUUAUUAUUGUAAAUAUUAAACGUAUACUUUUACAUUUCCCUAUAAUCUAGGGUUGUCUGGAGGAGAUCGCUUAAAGCGAUAAGACCGCCUUUGCGCAUUUUUAUUUUUCUUGUAUUACUGUUUCCAAUAUUUAUUAUCUUUAUCCCUUCCUUGUGUAAAAUAAAGAAUUUAUCUAUGUAUAUCUAUAUAUGUUUAAUCGUAGAGUGAUCAACCCUGCACUAAAAGUAUUCUGUAUAUAAUAUAUAUAAUACUAAUCUGUAUUAUGUGUCAAAACCUAAUUAUGUUAGUAUAUUGUAGUAGUUUUUUUACUCUUCAAACGCAACAAUGCAUCUUUUGUAUGACCCUCAUUUGGUUAGGUCAUAAAGUAAAAAAAUACAUUAUAUGCCACAUAAUAAUAUCACAAUCAACUGUCAUAAAAUUAAACCUGUAUAUACAUACAGUCUAAAACGCCAAAUCAAGUAUACCAUCUCAAACUAUAUAUUUUCUUGGCCGGCAAAAAAAAAAAAAAAAUGCAAAUGUCUUUUAGUGUCACAAAAUUCAUAUGCGUCUAGGGACUAAAUGAAUGGUGUAAAAAGCUUAUGUAUUGUUAUAAUUUUACUAUCUGCAAAGAGCCACUUUUUUAUAUAUACAUAAGACUGAUAUAGUUAUUUCGUAAGUUGCGUGGAAUAAUAUAGCAAUUAGUUAUUUAUUUAAGAUUUUCUAUACUAACCAUAUUGUGUGAUUUAUAAUAACUACUACAUUGUGGCCACUCUGUUUAAAAGUUUUAAAACUUAUUAAACAUAAGGACAUUGAAAUAAAAACUUUA